UACCCUAAUCCGUUUUGACGCUUUGUAACCUCUGACGAUUGCUAAUUUUGAUCUAAAACGACGAGGGAGGAGAUAAGUUGCAUUUCCGUUCAUUCAGAUCAUUCUUCCAGACAUUGAAAUGGGUCCUGAAAGCCCUAGUUUCACGGUGGACGAAGCCCUGGUGGCGAUGGGGUUUGGGAAAUUCCAAUUGCUGGUGCUCGCUUAUGCAGGAAUGGGUUGGCUUUCGGAGGCCAUGGAGAUGAUGCUUCUCUCGUUCGUCGGACCAGCUGUUCAGUCGCUCUGGAAUCUCUCUCCGCACGAGGAUAGCUUCUUAACCAGCGUCGUCUUCGCUGGCAUGCUGAUCGGAGCUUACUCGUGGGGCAUAGUUUCAGACAAGUGUGGUCGGAGGAAGGGGUUUCUCAUGACAGCAGUGGUGACUUUUAUAGCUGGUUUCUUGAGCGCAUUGGCCCCGAACUAUAUUUGUCUGUUAAUUCUUCGAUUUUUUGUUGGUCUUGGUUUGGGUGGAGGCCCUGUCCUUGCAUCCUGGUUUCUCGAGUUCAUCCCUGCACCGAACCGAGGGACUUGGAUGGCUGUUUUCUCAGCUUUUUGGACCGUCGGAACCGUAUUUGAGGCAUCACUUGCUUGGCUUGUCAUGCCAAAUUUGGGUUGGAGGUGGUUACUUGCACUCUCUUCAGUUCCUUCGUCUUUGCUUCUUCUAUUCUAUAGCUUGACGCCCGAGUCACCUCGGUAUUUAUGCCUACGAGGCCGGAAAAGUGAAGCUCUUGCCAUUCUGGAGAAGAUAGCCAGAAUAAAUGGAGCUGAGCUACCGCCCGGUGUUCUCGUUGGAGAGCACGAGACUGGGUGGAAAGAGAAGAAGAGCAUUCCGACCGAAAGCACUCCUCUCCUCACAGAUGCAGAAAAUGGAGAUGAGACUAGCUCCAAGAGAGUUGGUUCUGUCUUAACUCUUCUAUCUCCAAAGCUGAUCAAGACGACUUUGCUUAUAUGGGUUGUAUUCUUUGGUAACUCAUUUGCAUACUACGGCAUUGUGCUGCUCACCACCGAGCUGAACAAUGGCCAAAACAGGUGUUCUCCACUCGAACAGGUCUUGACAAAUUCGGUAGAUGUUGACUACAAGGGCGUUUUUAUUGCCAGUUUUGCAGAGUUUCCAGGGCUUCUGGUUGCGGCUGCCAUGGUGGAUAAACUGGGGAGAAGGCUUUCGAUGUCAUCAACGCUCUUUAUGUGUUGCUUCUUCCUUCUUCCGCUCGUAUCUCAUCAGCCUUCAGGCUUAACCACCGCCCUUCUCUUUGGUGCGCGAGUCUGCAUCAUGGCCUCAUUCACCAUCGUCUACAUAUACGCUCCCGAGAUAUACCCGACGUCGGUGAGAUCGAUAGGAUUGGGAAUGGGGAGCUCUGUAGGGAGGAUAGGAGGAAUGGUGUGCCCACUGGUGGCCGUAGGAUUGGUUCAAGGAUGCCAUCAAACGGCUUCCAUCCUCAUGUUCGUGGCCUUGAUUCUCGUCUCCUGCAUCUGCGUCUGUUUCUUCCCCUUGGAGACCAGUGGCCGCAACUUGCCGGACAGCCUCUCCGUCUCCUCCUCCUCUUCCGACCAAACCCAUUCGUCGUCCGUAUAGUUUUUGGACAGUCGAGGGUUAUAGUGUUAGAUCACAGCUGAAAUAAAAACGCCGAUUGGGCUGCGAUACAUGUGUUACAUGUACAAUAUGUCACAAAGAGAUUAAGGAUAGUUUUUUGCGAUUCUGUAUAUAUCCAUCAAGUAAUGUCGUUGUUGGAUUCAAGACUUGUGAAAGCAUACAGUGAAAUUCAACCCAUCAUAAUGAAUGAUAAUAUUCAUAUU